UAUAAUAUAAUAAAAUGCAAAAUUCUUCAAAAUUGUUUUACAUCUUUUGACUUUUGAUAUAUCAUAUCAUAUAUCGUAUAUAAAAUGAAAUGAAAUGACAAAUAAAAUCGGAUGUGGCAGGCAGACGAUAUUUUUAUAUUGGUGGUAAAAUGAAAUGACUGACAUUUAUAAAAAAAUGAUAACAACACGCGGAAUAUAUAAAUAAUAUAAAAUAUCGAUAUUUUUUUUUUAACCAAAAUAAAAAUGAUAUACAAAUAUUUCAAAAUAUUAAUUUUUAACAUCAACCAACGGAAUAUUAUUUAUAGAUGUUUAAAGCAAAUCAUUCCUUAGGAGAAUUUGAUCCUAACAAAUUAUUAAAUAUAAUUCAAUAAGAAUUGGAAGAAAAAACGAAAAUUACUAAAUAAUGAAUAUAUAAUAAAGUAUUUUUUUUAACAAAAAAAAUGCAUUCACAAUCUUAAUUAUUUAUGAAUCAAUCAUUAAAUAAAAAAUAAAUCAGUAAUACAUAAUAUAUAAACCCGCUAAUUGAAUAUGGUGCAAUGCGCGGGGUGUCAAAAUCCGAUUUUGGACAAAUAUCUUUUCAACGUUCUCGAUCGUCCUUGGCAUGGUAAUUGCCUACAAUGUACUGAAUGCCAAAUAAUUUUAUCCGAGAAAUGUUUCUUCAAAGAAGGAAAAUUAUUCUGUAGAUCCGAUUUUUUCAAACGAUAUGGCACGAAAUGCUCCGGAUGUGGUAACGGGAUAAGUCCAACAGAUCUUGUUAGGAGAGCAAAAUCAAAGGUUUUUCACAUAAAGUGUUUCACGUGUAUGGUAUGUAGGAAACAACUUUGUACAGGUGAGGAGCUUUAUAUUCUAGAUGAAAAUCAAUUCAUAUGCAAGGACGAUUUUUACGGCAUUCAUUUAGACAACGAACAAAAAUUGACGGCUAGCAAUUUUAUUCUGAAUAACAAUUCCCAAUCAUCGAUAAUUAACGGCAUAAAUAUGAAAAGAUCUUAUGCCGCUAAUUACACGUCGUCCCAAAUUUUUAAAAGAGCCAAGCCGCGAGCGAGGAGAGCGAGGGGUCAAGCGACUUACACGAAUAUGGGAGAUAGAUCAAGAUCCGGCAAUAAUUUAAACGAAUAUCCUAAUACUCUAUAUCACGACACUAUGCCUCCAUCUUUCCCAUCAUAUGAUUACGCCACUAAGAGUAAUAGUAACUCCGAAAUCGAUACAAAAGAGGGCAUCCUAUCCUCUGUCCAUUAUAAUAAUAAUACUCAACCCGAUAAAGUGGAUGGUGGGCUAAAGAACACGAUUAAAAAGAAAAAGAAAACCAAAGAUUUAGAACUUUCGAAUCUGUCCAUCAUCGCUGACAUUUUGCCUCCCGCGCAAAAUAUAAACUCACAACACAGUUUUUUGGACAAUGAAAAAAUAACUACAGUAGAAUCAUCUUUAGUCAUAUUGCAAAAUAAAUGCUCGAAUCAAAUAACGACGAUGGAUAAUAACAACAAAAUACCCAAAGCGGAAUUCUUGACAGAAGCCGAGCUACAGGCACGCGAGACAAACUCCAAAAGCGUAAUGUUACCCGUCACGCUUAUAAAUCGAGACCAAUCCUACCUUACUACCUUUGACGAUGAAUACAAAAAAACCAUCAAGGACCCGGAAAAAUUGAGUGAUUAUAAAUUACCAGUUGUAGAUUCUAUCGAACGCGGAAAUAUUAAUCCAAAUAGUAGACAGGGAGGAAACACGGUCGGAAUAGGGUCAAAUACGUACAGUCGUGAUGCGGAGAUAAUUAAAAAUAAAGGAAAUGCCAUGAGUUGUGACAAAGAAGAAAGAGAUGACGAAGUAGAUAUGGAUGAAGGAGAAUUUGAGGAUGCAGAUGAGGCAGAGGAAGAUGAUGAGGAUGAGUUGGAUGACGAAGAAGGCGAAAUGGAUUUUGGAGAGGAUGAGGAACUGCUGUACGAAGAGAUGAGCGAAGAUGACGAGUACUCCAGAGACGCCCCUAGCGAAAUGCAAAUGAGCGGUGUUUCGAACACUCCCAGUCGUAGGUUUAUGCUGGCUAAUCUAGAAUCUUACGAUCCUUCUGACCCCAAUAAUCAUAAUAAUAAUAACGUGGGGGUUGACGGCGGAGGUCAAAUGGCUUAUUAUAAUUGCAUGUCCAAUGGGAGCGUCAUAUCCAAUAACAACAAUUGCAACAACAGUAGCAAUAACAACAAAAGACGCGGACCUCGCACCACUAUUAAAGCUAAGCAGCUCGAAACGCUCAAGUCAGCCUUUUCCGCAACUCCCAAGCCAACUCGGCACAUCCGAGAACAGUUGGCUCGCGAGACGGGACUAAAUAUGAGAGUCAUACAGGUCUGGUUUCAAAAUAGAAGAUCCAAAGAACGUCGCAUGAAACAGCUAAGUGCUCUGGGAGCUAGGCGACAUUUUUUUAGGCAUUCCCGAAGAAUAAGACCUAUAAUCAAAACAGAAAUAACACCUCUGACAGAAAUGUCUAGUGCUUCGAAUAUUGAUAAUUCCAUACGCCAACCAAACUCCGCUUUGGAGACUAGUUUACCUUUCUCCGCCUGGAAUCAAUUUUCCAAUCCAAAAAACGAGGAUAUAAUAUAUAACUCCCAAGAACAUAGAUCGAGAACACAGGAGUUUCAACAAUUAUCUAGUAAAACUUGUGAUAAUAUCCAUAAUAUGCCAUUGCUAUUUAGUCAAACUUCCGAAGAUGAAAUGUUAACAAAAAGUAUUCAUACUCAAUAUCCUCUUAUGAUUGAUCAAGAUAAACCAGCAUUCAAUCCAUACUACACGCAUAUCAACUCGCAACUCGAUGGAUCUACAACUCAAAGAAAUUUCGAAGAGAAAUUUGGCACAAAUUUUUACCCAAUGAACCAUGGACUGUCCAUGUCGAACGAUGCCCUCAAUACAUAUACCACAAAUUUGAAUAAUAAUUUGAUCUAAAAAUCGCGUUAUAUAAUAUUUAUUUUUAUAAAUGAAUGUUCGGUCAUUUUGUUUUAUAUGGAUGGAUGCACAAUACUAAAUCAAAAAAAAUGCAAAAAUGUCGCGUAUAGAAAAAAAAAUCUCAAAAAAAUCCUUUGAUUAAAUUAAAACCGUCGAUUUAUUAUUUAUAAAUAAUUUAUCUUAUUUAUAUAAUAUUG